AUGGUUACCACAAUUCCUUGCAUAGGUUUCCCUGCGAAGACCAAACAGCAAUCUCACAACCCAGAACUAUAUAAUCAGUCGACAAGUCCCACGACUGAGGAUGCCGAAAAGCAAAAAACAAGCGAAUGUGAAGAUUGUACGUCCAAACAAUCAGCCUUCAAGAGUCUUGGAUGGUUGGAUCGGUUUCUGGCCGUAUGGAUCUUUCUUGCCAUGGCCAUCGGAAUCAUACUGGGGAAUUUUGUGGAAGAGACGGGCCCUGCCCUUCAGAAGGGGAAGUUUGUCGGGGUUUCUGUUCCGAUUGCAAUCGGUCUCCUGGUAAUGAUGUAUCCCAUUCUUUGCAAAGUGCGAUAUGAAUCGUUACACCACGUCUUCCGAGACCGGGGGAUAUGGAUUCAGAUCGCGUUUAGUAUCUUUGUUAACUGGAUCAUCGCUCCUUUCUUGAUGCUGGGGUUGGCAUGGGCUUUCCUUCCGGACGAACCAGAGCUUCGGGAGGGCUUAAUUCUCGUUGGGCUAGCCAGAUGUAUCGCUAUGGUUCUUAUCUGGACCGGUCUCGCUGGCGGCGACAGUGAAUACUGCGCCAUUCUCGUCGCAAUCAAUUCACUGCUGCAGAUGAUACUCUUUGCUCCAUUGGCCGUCUUCUUUAUUCAGGUCAUCAGUCACUCGGGCAGUGAGGUUACACUAUCUUAUUCGACCGCUGCUGAAAGCGUAGCGGUGUUCCUUGGCAUCCCCUUGGGUGCCGCAAUCAUAACCCGCAUUAUCCUUCGAAAGAUCGCUGGCGAGCGUUGGUAUGACCAGGUUUUCCUGAAAUGGGCUAGUCCGUGGUCACUUCUUGGGCUUUUAUUUACGAUCCUUGUGCUGUUCGCGUCUCAGGGCCGCCAGGUGGUACAUCAGAUCGUAUCAGUGAUACGAGUUGCCGCUCCGCUUAUCGUCUAUUUUGUUAUUGUCUUCUUCAUCACUCUUCUUGUGACUUACAAGCUUGGGUUUGGUUAUAAGCUGAGUGCCACGCAAAGUUUCACAGCUGCCAGCAAUAAUUUUGAGCUUGCCAUUGCUGUCGCUGUCGCGACAUUCGGUGCCAACAGCAAUCAAGCGCUUGCCUCCACUGUGGGACCGUUGAUUGAGGUUCCGGUACUGCUUAGUCUUGUCUAUGUUGUCAGGUUUAUAGCGAGGCGAAUUGGCUGGAAAGACUGAAAUGAU